AGCCUCCGGUGGUUCCUGAAGCCCGUGGCCCAAGACUCUGGCCCUCCCUGGGCUGACCCAGGGUGGCCAAGAGCGCAGGCCCUGGCCAGGCUGACCUGCUGUCAAAGGCAGCUUAGACCGUGCUGGAGACAUGGUUGCCUGAUGGAAAACGCCUGGCCUCGGACCCUCGGCAGGGCAAAGGGGACAUCUGCACAAAGGGUGUGACAGUAACGACUUCGAAGGACGCCUCCUCUGCCCGGGCAGGGCUCAGCGCGGGGUCCUCCUGCCCACGCCCAUCCGGCCUGUCUCUUACACCCCGCAGUCUUCCGUACGGCUGCAGCCUCGAGUCUCCCGCAACGAUGGUGAAGUUGGGGAACAAUUUCGCGGAGAAGGGCGCCAAGCAGCCGCUUCUGGAGGAUGGGUUCGACACCAUUCCCCUGAUGACGCCCCUCGAUGUCAAUCAGCUGCAAUUCCCGCCCCCCGAUAAGGUGGUUGUGAAAACUAAGACUGAAUAUGAACCUGACCGCAAGAAAGGGAAAGCACGUCCUCCUAAAAUAGCCGAGUUCACCGUCAGCAUCACAGAGGGUGUCACCGAGAGGUUUAAGGUGUCAGUGCUGGUCCUCUUUGCGCUGGCCUUCCUCACCUGCGUUGUCUUCCUGGUUGUCUACAAAGUGUACAAGUAUGACCGCGCCUGCCCUGAUGGGUUCGUCCUCAAGAAUACCCAGUGCAUCCCGGAAGGCUUAGAGAGCUACUAUGCAGAGCAAGACUCCAGUGCCCGGGAGAAAUUUUACACGGUCAUAAACCACUACAACCUGGCCAAGCAGAGCAUCACGCGCUCGGGAUCGCCCUGGAUGUCAGUUCUAUCAGAAGAGAAGCUGUCUGAGCAGGAGACCGAAGCAGCAGAGAAAUCAGCUUAGUGGGAUGGGCAAGUUCCUUACAAUGUGUUGCCGUAACGAAGGGACUUUGAGGGGCAUUUCAUUCAAUAUAAUUACUGGUAAUUUAGAGGUUAUGGUGCAACUGCUUCUGUUUGCUAAUGCUGCUUUGCAAAUCAAACUUGCUGCUGGCCACCCAUGGGCAUAAGACCAAGUGCAUAUCAGCAUUGCCUAAAGAGCUCUGACACCACUUUUCUUGUUAAGAUCUUAAUUUGCCCCCUUUCUGGGAUUUAUUGGAUGCUAUCAAAAAAUAAAUUUACACUGGAUAUGCCAAGGGUUUGGACUUCAGAUAAAUAAUGCAUUUUGUGGAAUUGAUUUUUUUAAGCCACCUUGCUAUCUGCAAACCUUACUCCAUAGCUGUAUCUAGCGUGAUCCCGUACUUCACACUCCUUCCCAUCUGCCAUCAGCUGGAGCAGAGCUGUCUGCAGGGCCCACGGUAGUACAGGGCACAGAGAGUGAAGGAGAAAGAUCCACACUGCCCUCCCCUGCCGACUCCUGAGUGGGAGAGCCCUGCGGCAAGGCCUGCUUGGUGUGGGCAUGUUCCUGCUGCCCCCAGACGUCUUGGUCCCUUCCGGCUCCGGCAUCUUGAUACGGGGGGAAGUACUGGGUGGCGAUGGCUGUGGGUCACCCCAGCACAGACUGUGUUGGAGUGACGGAGGGGACCUGGUGAGAGAAACCCGGGCCCUGAGGCUGUAGAACUGCCCAGUCCCUGGGAGGUAGGACAGAAUCCCACUGACCCUUUCCUUCACUUUUAUUAUGAAUAAAUUUGCAGCAACAGCCUUGUUAGCAAGUCAGGUUUAAAAAACUUAGCUGAGUGGGAAAAGUGAAAAUGCAAUUGCUGGUAAGCCAGAGCUACUUUAAUUUUUAUUUUGUAAACAGAUUUAACUUGAGGUGAGAAGCAGGCAGGCAGGACGGGCGGGGGCUGGUGCGGUGCCAUGCAAAUACAAUGACAACAUUUCAAUCUGCAAUCUUUGUAUGAAAAUCGUUUCCAUUUGAAUCUUGACAUUAAAUUAUAUGUUUACAAAAUUGCCGGUUAGAUAAACUAAGUGUGUAAGACAAUUAAAUACAAAAAAGACAUUCACCGGCGUUUCUUCCAUGUUAUUUGAAUGUGUUGUUUCUGGUGGACAUGUCGGAAGUUUCACUGUAUUUUUAGUAGAUCAGAAAUAAACGACAAGUCGUGUGA